AUGUCCUUUGGCUAUCCCCCGAUUGGCUGUUUUUAUCUUCUAGGUGCGUCGAUUUCGAAUCUGAUGGAGCAGGGGUCCCUCACUCUUCCAUCUCGACUUGGUUGUGUCUAUUGGAUAUUGCGGCUAAUCCGAAACGCGAUCUCUCGCGUAAAUCUCGGAAGUUGUGUAGAGCCACGGCAGUGCUACGGCUCGGGUGCUUGCACCACCUCCUUCCUUUUCAUGGUUCCGGUACUCUCGGCUUUUGACGGAUUUGAGGGUUUUGGUUAUGGUGGUGGAUCUUUGGCUGAUAAGCUUAUCUUUU